AAUAACCCUUAACCCACCUCAACACCACCUUAUUCCCACAGCACAGGGCACAGGCAAUCGCGCGCGUGAAAUCGAAGUCUAAGGUAAUACUAUCAUGGCAGCACUAUACAAAACAGUGAGCAUCGAAAUUGCAGACUACAAAGCCGCAAUAGAAAGAUGGACAACAAUUCUGGAGAGCACGCACUCGUGGGGAACGCCUCAACGCGUCAGGAUAGGGGCGUCCGCAGCAUUCUCAACCGAAAUCGAGCACGAUAUGAUCAAAAUGGGAGAUUCUAGGUUGCUAGCUUCGCUAGGGAACUGGGGGGCACAGCAGCCACCUAAUCCAAAUUUCGAAGCCCAAGUUCUGAUCGACUUCCUUCGCAAGCUUCCGUCGCUCUCCGACCUGGAGUGGCAGACUAGCACUCCACUGGCGCCGCCUUUGCUUCAAUUCCUCCGCCAUCAGCUUCCCAGCUGCAACCUCCAUUUGAAGCCUCUCCAUAUACCUUUUGGCGCAGACCCUUACUCCAUAUGGUCGGUCCUGUGCCUUCCAAGCCUUCAGACGAUAUGGUUGGAAAGAAAAGAGCCCUGUAAUAUCCAGGACUUGGUCCAGCACAUUCUACGCUCUCCUGGUGGAAAUCUUCGAGAACUCCGCAUCUCCUGGCCCUCCACCGGAGGAGCGUCGCCGUUUGGGGAACCAAGUCCGAUACCUUGGGACCUGGGACUUGAACCACACGACGGUGAACGACUCGGACAAUUGCAAUAUUUGCAACUGGCUGGAAACGAAGGUGCAGAGGCAACCAGCCUCCAGACAUGGGCUCGUCACACAGACUUUGGCCAACUGCGCGCACUCAGCUUGGAAAUAUUCGUUGAUCGAGAAGCUCUCGAAACCUUGAUCAACCUUCCGUUGCAGUCUCUCCACUCGCUAGGGCUAGUAGUUCUCGACAUGAGCGACGACUAUAGCGCCGCAUUGCAGACAUUCAUCGGCAACCUCCCAAGCCUGUCGCAUCUUCGUCUCACAGGAACCUUACCGCCAUCAGCCCUGAAGGCGAUCCUGGAUCAUCUGGAUUCAACCUUACACACUCUAUAUCUGAUCCCCGAAAGUCUCAACCCCUGCCGCUUCGUGUUCGACUCGAGCACAAUUGCACUAGUAACCGAUCGCUGCAAACACGUGCGAGAACUCGGCACCAGCAUACGGCGCGCCUGGAACAAACCGGGCGAAGACAUUGCCGUACUGAAAGCUAUCGGCCGCAUGCCGCAUCUAUCGAGUCUCAGCCUGACCUUCGACGUCUCAGACUACACCCUACUUGUCCGCUCUAACGACGACAACAGCGAGCCGAGAGAUCUCGCGCCAUCCGACCCGUCCUUCUCCGCCUUCGACACAGAACCCUUCCAGUUUGGUUCCGACACGGACAAGCAGCCCCGCAACGGACACAUCCGCGACGCGCUUAUCAAUUCCGCCGUAGACGCCGAGCUUGCAAAGGCGGUCUUCAACACGGUUCUAUCUGCUACCCCAGAGGGGGAAACCCCUUCUUUACAACGGCUCUCGCUGAAAGCAACCCGCGGUGGGCACUUCGGAACAAGUGCGCUCAACGGUGGCAUUAGCUGGAUCGCGCGCGAGGUCGGGAAGGAAUGGAUUGUGGAGAGAUCUGGCCACGAUGAUGUUCUCGAGGUACGCCGUGCGGAAGUAGAUGAUGAGGAGGAGGUUGUUGAGCUGUCGGAAUCGGAAUCAGAAUCGGCAUCGCUUACUUGGGAGCUUCCUUGGGAUAUCAAGCCCAUCUUCCGAAGAAUAUGGCCGGGUGAUGGAGAUUGGAUUAAUGAGUGGCAUGCGUUCCCUUUAGUCUAGUGGUAGGCAUAACGCCUUGGAUGAUAUGGCGGAUAGGGGAUCUACCACAAAUAAACCAUCCGAUUUCAUUGCAUCUCAUACCAUCCCCCAGUUUUCCUCUUCCCAUCGGCAUCAACCCACGCUGAUCUCUUCAUCCUUCAUAUCUCUGGUUUUCGUCGAAUAGGCGAGCGACAUCAUCAUAUCAAAUAACUUACGCACAUACAAGC